AUGAGGAGAACAACAACAGUACAGAUAUUGUCACUGCUCCUAUCUUCUUUCGCAACAGCAUGGAGCUCACCUUCGCCUGGAGAUAUCAUUUUGGGGAUGGACCAAGUGUCCUUGUUUUCCGACGAUCAAGACGACUCCCAUCCUUUCUACAAGAUCCUACCUCAUGCCAUGACAGCCGACAUCUUUGCUUCGAUUUCACAGGAGCUGUCUCAGGACUGUCGCACUCUGGAUCUGGCCGGCCGCAAGGUCGACAUUCCCGUCAACACGACCCUUCUGUUCGUCUUCAACAGCACCCAGUAUCUUUCGACAGGGUGUGAUGACGGAGAUAUGUCGCAGUUCAUGCAGACCUCUGUGCCGUUUGGACUCCCUCAGUACCAUGCUCUAGUCGACUACUUCCUCCUGGUACCUGCCAACUACACCAAACCGUUCGCCUUCUCUCCAGAUCUCGUCAUCAAAGAGAUCAACGCUCGCAAGUGCAGACUCCCGCUGUUUUUGGACAUGAUAGGCACUUCAGACCCACUGCUGGCGCUAAUAUUCAAGUCUGUGCACAAACCAGCUCCAGAGACCUCUGAGCCUGUUUCGCCUCGUCACUCAGGAGCUGCUCAGCAGUGCAAACAGCGACUGAAAGAGGUGUGUAACAGUCCCGACACGUCUGGCAUAGCCCGAGCUGCUCUGGUGCAAUCAGCCCCCUUCUUUGACGAGUUUGCGCAUCUGUGGGUCGGUGCUCUGGGGCUCGAAAGUCUGUACAGCUCCGUCUUCUGCCAAGUGAACGAGGUGGUCACCGAGCAAAGCUUUUGUCUACAGAUCACGACUUCUGAGAGCAGAGUGAGUGUGAUUGAUCCUGUCACUCAUGGCAGGCUGGGAAGUGGCGAUGAGGUGAAUCCCAAUGGUCAUGGUGUACGCAUUGCGAAGAGAGAUCAGUUGAAAGGCACCGUUCGAAUUGCUACCAAGAGUCAUGGCAAGUUGCACACUGUGCGCCAAAACAACAUCAUGGUGUCUCAGUGGAACGAGGAGCCGCAGACCGAGAAGAAGAACUCCACUCACGCCCUCCACUCGCAUCUGGAGAUAUCUCCGUGGCAGCAGGAUUCUGACACCGAUGACAAGACCAUUACCUGGUCAGCCGUAUUUGACGGUCGGGUUCUCAUGUGA